AUGUCUGGCUCCAAGGCUGCCCUCAAAGCCAUCAAUGAUGGAAUCCGGCAGCAAAAGUUCGACCAAGUCGUGCAGCUGGCCCAGGACUUCUUGCAACAGGAAUCCAAGAACUACCAAGCUCACAUCUUCCUGGCGUUUGCCCUAGACAAGAAGAAUCAGUUCGAUGAAGCAGAAAAGGUGUACCGAGUAGCCACGGUCCUCCGGCCCCAGGAUGCCCAGGCAUUCCAGGGACUCGUCAAACUCUAUGAGAAGCAAGGCUCCUCCAAACUCGCCGGCUACCAGCAAGCCGUUAUCAGUCUUGCUCAGAUAUUCUAUGACGCCGAGGACAUGUACAAGUGUCAAGAUGUUGUCGAUAAGUUUGUCGAUUAUGCCAGAGUACAUGGCGACAAGCUUCAGUUGGCCGAUGCCCUUUGGAUUCAGCUUCCCGAAAGUCCGCUCUACCCGAUCCUCGAGGGUCGCCUCCCCAAGCCAUCGACAACCUACGAGCGCAUCGCUCACAUACUGGAAGAGUUCGAGAAGAAGCGCGUCAACACGUUGAUCGGCGAACGCCGCACCCGCCUUGGCGUCACCCUCUCCGAUGUUACCGUCGAGGCCAAGAGGGAGGUAUACGGUCAGAGCAAGCUCGAGCACAUCUACCGCCAGCUCAUCAACUGGACCGGCGAUGACGAUCUUCGACGGACGUAUGAGGAGAAACUGCUUCAGUAUUGCUACGAGAGGCUCCUCGUCUCGCCUCCAGCCGCCAAGGCCCAGGAGCAGAUGACGGUGCUCAAGCUCGCGAGCGAAAUGGUCGCCAUCUGUCACCCCUACAAGCUCGCCUGGGACAUAACGGUCGAGUGGCAGGAUCACAAAGAGAUCAAUGACUGGGAUGUCGACCUACUGCGAGAAUACUGCUCGUUCUUCCCCGACAGCGACCUCUACAAAGUCAUCACCGGCUACCUGACAAGCAAGCAUUCCCCUUUUCCCCCGGCGAAAGAAGCGGACAAGCAGGCAUCCACCGCCUCCGAGGCCAGCGAUAGCGAUGAUGACGAUGACGGAGGCGGCGUCCCGACCUCAUUCGUUCCCCUGACCGACGAGGAUAGGCUCUUGAUGAUCUCCGAAGGCAUCAGCAGCACCGAGUCGGCAUUUGCCUACCGGCUCGUCGGCCACUACUUGCUGCAAUCGGGAGAAUACGAGAGCACGGUGGAGUUUAUGCGAAAGGCAAAGCUGUUCGUCGCAAACCAGCAGGCCAAAAUUGGUUUUUCGUUUCAGAAUUCGCAAGACGCAUAUUCUCUGUGCCUUGGCACGGCGCUUGUGUAUUAUCAAUCCCCCCGCCAUCACCAGGAGGCAAAGGUGCUGUUCGACAAGGUUCUGGAGCAUGACGCUGCAUCCACCCCGGCCUUGAUUGGCGUCGGCUUGAUCUUUGAGGAGGAGGAAGAGUACGACGAGGCGAUCGACUUCCUCAGCCGCGCCUUGAAGCGAGACGAGUCGAACCUUCGCGUCAAGUCUGAGGCUGCAUGGGUGAAGGCGCUCAAGGGCGACUGGCAAGCGGCAAGGAACGAGCUGAUGCAGUGCGUCAAGCUGUUGGAGCAGAAAGACGCGACGGACAAGGACCUGCUCGCAGAUACGCAGUACCGCAUCGGCGCCUGCAUCUGGAACCUGCAGACGAGCCGCCAAGACAGAAAGCAGAAGAAGGGCGAGAGCGCGUACGCCUACUGGCUGGCGGCGCUGAACAGCAACCUAAAUCACGCACCGGCAUAUACCAGCCUUGGCAUCUUUUACAACGACUACGCCAGGGACAAGAAACGGGCGCGGCGGUGUUUCCAAAAGGCUCUCGAGUUGUCCUCGGCCGAAGUCGUCGCCGCCGAACGGCUAGCGCGGUCUUUUGCCGAGGACGGCGACUGGGAUCGCGUCGAGCUCGUCGCCCAGCGCGUCGUCGACUCUGGCAAGGUCAAGCCGCCGCCUGGGUCGAAGCGGAAGGGCAUCAGCUGGCCGUUUGCCGCCCUAGGGGUGGCCGAGCUGAACAAGCAAGACUUUCACAAAGCCAUCGUCUCGUUCCAGUCGGCCCUGCGCCUGUCGCCCAACGAUUACCACUCCUGGGUCGGGCUCGGGGAGAGUUACCACAGCUCUGGCAGGUACAUUGCAGCGACGAAAGCCAUCCUCGGCGCUCAGGCGCUGGAGGCGGACAGCAAGGACGACAUUUCGGGGGAUACGUGGUUCACCAAGUACAUGCUUGCCAAUAUCAAGCGUGAACUAGGCGAAUUCGACGAGUCCAUCGCCCUGUACCAGUCCGUGCUGGAAACGCAUGCGAGCGAGCAAGGUGUCAUUCUCGCCCUCAUGCAGACCAUGGUCGACAGCGCUCUCGUGAGCGUCGAAAGGGGCCUGUACGGGAAGGCCGCGCAGCUGGCCGCCGACGUCAUCCACUUCGCCGCGACGACGACGGACAGCGCGACGGCAUUCAACUUUUGGAAGAGCCUCGCGGAUGCUUGCUCCGUCUUCUCCUCGGUCCAGAGCCGCGUGGGCGACUUUCCGGCUGAGAGGAUCAAGAAGCUCCUGGAGGAUGCGGAUCAGGAUGCAUUCGAAGCGCUGGCGAGCGUCGACAAGGUGGGGACCGAGCUCGUCUAUUCCACGGGUGCGACAGUCAACGGCGAGAGAUGCAACAUGACCAUGAAGCGAUGCGUUGAUGCAACGAUCCUUUGCCACAAGAUGGCGAUUCACGUAUCGUUGGCCGACGUUCACGCGCAGGCUGUGGCAUACUACAACCUCGGCUGGGCCGAGUUCCGAGCGCACGCGUGCCUUCCCGGCCAAGGGCGAAAGACGUCGAGCGACUACGUCAAGGCGGCUGUGAGGUGCUUCAAGCGGUCGAUUGAACUAGAAAGCGGUAACUCGGAGUUCUGGAAUGCCCUCGGCGUCGUGACCAGCGAAAUCAACCCAGCCGUGGCGCAGCAUGCCUUUGUCAGGAGUCUACAUCUCAACGAGCGCAGCCCCGUGCCGUGGACGAAUCUGGGCACGCUGGCACUGCUUGCGGGAGACGCGACGCUCGCCAACGAGGCGUACACGAGGGCCCAGUCGGCGGACCCCGACUACGCCCAUGCAUGGCUGGGUCAGGGAUUCGUGGCACUACUGCUCGGCGAUGCCAAGGAAGCUCGAGGCCUCUUCAGCCAUGCCAUGGAAAUCGCCGAGGCCUCGUCCUUGGCCACCCGCCGCCAUUAUUCGUCCUCCAUUUUCGACCAUGUGCUCGGCGCACCGUCCAACAUGACGGUGGCGUCCCUCAUCCAGCCACUCUUCGCCCUGAACCAGGAACGGAUCGGGGAAAGCUCUCGGGCCGUGCAGACUCUGGAGGGGGUUUGCGAGACCAUCGAGGCCGACUACGAGGAGACCGAGUCGGCAGAGAGCCUUGCGAGGUUCACCAUGGCAAAGACGGACUUGGCCCGGGCGUACUUGGCGGCGGGAUGGCACGACAAGGCCGUCGAGUGCGGCGAGAUGGCGCUCGGGCUAAGCAGCAACGCAAGCGAGACGGAGCUGAGUGCGGAACAGCGGAGGAGGGCCCGACUGUCGGCCCACAUGACGGUCGGCUUGGGGCGGUUCUAUCGGAAGGAGUACAAGGAGGCCGAGACGUGCUUCCGCUUCGGGCUGGAGGAGUCGGACGACAACCCGGACGUGACCUGCCUCCUGGCGCGGGUGCUCUGGGCGCAAGGCUCGGAAGAGUCGCGGGAGAAGGCGCGGGCGGCCUUGUUCGAGGUGAUCGAGAAGCAGCCGGAGCACGUGCAGAGCGUGCUGCUGCUCGGCGUCAUCUCCCUCCUCGACGAGGACGAGGACAGCCUGGAGGCGGUGGUGGAAGAGCUCGAGAAGCUGCGGACAAACGACAAGGUCACCGCCGCGGAGCAGUCACAGAUAGGCGAGGUCCUUCAAGCCAUGGCUGGCCUGGGCGAGGGCCGAACGAAGCAGGACGCGCUGGGGCAAGUGCAAGAGGAGGUGAUGCUGCACCCUCACCUGCCACACGGAUGGAGCUCGCUGGCCAGAACGACGGGCGAUGCCGCCGCUUCGCAGAUGGCACUCCGAGUUGCCGCUCGGGGCAUGCCGCCAAGGGGCGCGCUCGAGUCGCAAGAGGUGGCGUGUGCGUACGCCGGUACGGGCAAGGCGGCGGACGCGCAGAGGUCGGCAUUGCUGGCGCCGUGGGAGCAAGCUGGCUGGCAUUCGCUGGAGGUUGCGACGGCGAGCAUCUAG